UGCUCGUCUCUCCUCUCGCUCUCAUCAUGUCCAAAGCUAACUACAUCCCGUGGUCACCAUUGGAAGAGCAAAAACUUCCGAACUGACUAUCCCGACACCAGCACUUAUCUUGGCGAGCCUGAAGAUCCGGAGUUCUCAGAUUUUACUGGUAUUGCACGCGGGCCCGAGUCGCUACGUGGAAAACAUAAUCAACUACUAAAAGGUAUCUACCGGCGGCGUUCGAUAUCUGCAAGAUAUCGCCGCAAGAACGCUCAGGCUGUAGGAUGUCAACGACUGGCGCAUAUGCCUGGCAUUCCCAACUUGCCACCCUCCCUAAAUCUGAGAGCUCCGGAUCUUCAGGCUUGCCAACUGCUCCGGCAGUUCAAUCCUAGAGAAUCACUAACCAGAGGCCAACGGCGAUCAUGUGAGUACAAGCCUACGAAAAGAAGAUAA